GUGCGGCGGCCCAUUCUUGCCUGUUCGCAUCACCGCGGAAUCAGAGCCAUGUCGGAGAUUUUGUGCCAGUGGCUCAACCAGGAGUUGAAAGUGUCCCAGUCCGUGAGUCCCAAGUCAUUUGCAAAGGCGUUUUCCAGUGGCUUUCUCAUUGGGGAAGUUCUGCACAAGUUUGAGCUGCAGGAGGAUUUUCCUGAAUUUUCAGAAAGCAGGAUUUCCAGUGCCAAGCUUAAUAACUUCUCUCGAUUGGAGCCCACCCUUCGUCUUCUGGGUGUGCAGUUCGAUCAGAAUGUGGCGCAAGGCAUCAUGGCCGAGAAGCCCGGGGCCGCCACCAAGCUUCUGUAUCAGCUGUACGUUGCCCUGCAGAAGAAGAAGAAAAGCGGCAUGACUGGGUCAGAAAUGCAAACCAUGCAGCCUCUGAUGAAUGCCAAACUUCAGAACAUCAAAACGGAGGCCUUCCGAGAGAGACUUAGAAACCUGAUACCACGUGAAACUGAUUUCAGUCUGUUGCGGCUCACACAAAGGUUUCAAGAAAAGUGUAAACUCCUGGAGGAAGAAUCUGUCCGUUUGCAAUUCGAGAAACAUGAACAAUGUCAAAAACUUAAGGAAGAACAAAGAUGUUUAAAUCUCGAAAAGCAACGCUUGGGCAGAAGACGUCAAAAUGAAAUAAUGGCCAAAAUACAAGCAGCUAUCAUACAGAUUCCUAAACCUGCAUCCAAUCGGACUUUGAAAGCACUUGAGGCCCAAAAAAUGAUGAAAAAGAAGAAAGAGGCCGAGGAUGUAGCCAAUGAGAUUAAGAAGUUUGAAGCAUUAAUAAAAAAGGAUCUCCAGGCAAAAGAAAGUGCAACCAAGACUUCUUUAGAUACAGCUGGUCAGAUGACUACUGAUUUGUUAAACACUUACUCGGAUGAUGACUACAUUAAAAAAAUUCAGAAGCGCCUAGAAGAAGAUGCCCUUGCACGAGAGCAAAGGGAGAAAAGACGGCGGAGGUUGUUAAUGGACCAAUUAAUAGCCCAUGAAGCACAAGAGGAGGCUUACCGGGAGGAGCAGCUGAUUCACCGACUGAUGCGGCAGUCCCAACAGGAGCGCAGGAUUGCUGUGCAGCUCAUGCAUGUCCGCCAUGAAAAGGAAGUUUUAUGGCAAAAUAGAAUUUUCAGAGAAAAACAAUAUGAGGAAAGACGACUGAAAGAUUUCCAGGAUGCUCUUGAUCGAGAAGCGGCUUUGGCAAAACAAGCCAAGAUUGAUUUUGAGGAACAAGCCCUGAGAGAGAAGGCCAUUCAUGAGCAAAUUGCUGCGGAAAGAGCACAAGCCCGUUACCAAAAGCAUUAUUCAUUAUGUGCAGAAGUUUUGGACCACAUACUUGAUUUGUCUACUAAGGUGGCAGACUAUCGAAUGCUGACAAAUAAUCUGAUUCCACAGAAAUUGAUGAAGGAUUGGAAGGAACUCUUUUUUCAUGGAAAACCCAUUUAUGAACAACCCAGAGUGAAGGAUAUAUCAGCUUCGUCCUAUAAGGAACAAGAUGUGGAACUGGAGAAACAGGACGUGCUAGAUGGCCAGGACUAUGAAGAAUAUAAGAACAUGGUUGGAGAGUGGUCCUUGCCAGAAGAGAUGGCUGAUAAUGCUCUCCCCGCCAACAAUAGCAUAUUGGGCCAUGUGCUUCACCGGCUCAUAGAGAAGACCCUUCCUCCUCCAGUGGAGCCCACACUACCUGAAGUGCCUUCAUUUACUAUUAAGGGGUGCUUGUUGGGAAAAACAUUCAGUGGGAAAACUACCAGUCUGAAGUCUCUACAAAAAGACUUCCCUAUUCAGAUCCUUUCUAUUGACACGCUUGUCCAAGACGCUAUUCAAGCCUUCCAUGAUCAGGAAGUGGCCAGUGAGGGCCCAGCAGGGAAUCAAGAAGCUGAGGAAAAGGAUCUUCCAGGUUUGCAAGCUGAUGACAAAGCAAGCCAGGAUCAACAAAAUACCACUUUGGACAGUCAGUUUUCAAGUGAAGCAGGAUCAGAAAUUAAAGAUCCUGAUACUAAUGAAAACCCUGACGCUAAAAAGGUCCAAAUCAGUGAUAGUUUCCAUGAGCUUUCUGUGCGUGCUCAGCUUGGUGAAAAAUCAGAACAGUUGCUGAAAAGGGGAAUGAGUAUUCCUGAUAUGUUGCUAGUUAGCAUCAUGGUUAAUGCUAUUAAUCAGGUACCUGUAGAUCAAGGCUGGAUUCUUGAUGGUUUUCCUAUGACAGCUAACCAAGCAAAGCUCCUUGAGGAAGCUCUCACAGGCUAUAACAAGGAACAGCUAGAACUGGACGCAAAGAGAGCACAAAUAUCCACCUUGGUUGUUGAUCCAACAGUUUCCAAGGAAGUGCCAGUCAUCCCUUCUGCACUUGAUUUUGCCAUCUUGUUAGACAUCUCGGAUACUUCCACCCUGAAGCGCAUAAAUGACACCAUGGCUGAAGAAUUGUUACGGAACACUUCUUAUGAAGACCUCAGUCAACAUGUGGCCGCAGAAACCCAAGAUCAAGAUGGGAACCAGAUUCUGAAAGACCAGAUACAGCACAGAAUUGUAGGCUUCUUGGACAACUGGCCCCUAUUAGAGAAAUGGUUUUCAGAACCAGAAAAUAUUCUGAUAAAAGUCAAUGCUGAUAUAAAUACAGAGUCUUUAUGUCAAAAAGUCAAACAGAUUUUAGUGACUGAAAUGCAGAAGAAAAAGAAUAAAGUGAACGAGAAAUUAGAAAAAAAGAAAGCUGAGAAAAAAGAAGAUGCUUCCGUGGCUGAGACGCCCGCUGUUUCUCCAGCAUCUGCUCCAGAGCCUGAAAGAGAGAAAGAAAUUGCUCCUCAUGGAGAGACUCUAAAACCUCCUUCUGCAAAAGGAAAGCCACAAUCAGGUUCUCCUAAAGGAAAAUCACAAGGAGGGAAACAAGCAGUAAAGAAGUCACCUGCUGAUUCUGCAGACGUGUCCUUUGUUCCAGUAGUGCCACCAUUGCCUAAGCCAGGAUCGGAAGAAUGGGUCUAUGUGAAGGAAGCGAUUCCCGAGGAUCUACCUUCCUUUUUAAUACCUUACUGGCAACUUAUAGAAAGUUCUUACAUAAAUUCCAUCAAAACCAUCCUGAGGCAGCUACGAGAAAGCCAGCAUGUCUUGAUUGGACACUUAUAUGAGGUUAGAACAAGCUUCCAGCAGUUCCUAACGCGGCCAGAUCACAAGCAAGAUUAUGUAGGUCAUUGGCAAGUGGAUUUUAACUCUCUUCCUGAUGACCUGUGGGAAGAUGAAGAAAUCAAGGCUGAACUACACCAAAGAGUGAAUGAUUUGAGAGACCGCCUGUGGGACCUGUGUGAUGCCCGGAAGGAAGAGGCCGAGCAGGAGCGCCUCGACAUCAUCAAUGAAAGCUGGUUACAGGAUUAUGUUGGUGUAGCAAUGAACCAUUUCUUUUCCCUGAUGCAGGCAGAAAUGAACCGUUUCCAAGAUACAAAGAGACUCCUUCAAGACUAUUACAGAGCAAUGGAAAACAAAAUGCCAAUAGAAGACAAUAAGAAGUUCACUCGAGUCCCAUUGGUCCAACUGGACAAUAAAGACAUUUCAGAAAGCCAAGUUAAAAUUCCUCUAGUCCCUCGAAUAGCCAUUUCUCCAGAAGCAGCAAUGUCCAAAACAAAAGGAAAAACCAUACUGAAGGGAAAGAUCGAUAGCUCACUAGAAAAUAUAGAGUUGAACCUUGAAGCAGAUGAGAAGUUGGUAAUGGACACCUGGCAGCAGGCUUCUUCAACAAUAUCCAGCAUGGUAGCUGCUGAAGUUCAUCAGAAGCUCAUGGAGGAAGAAAAAGAAAGCCAGCAAGUAGAAGCAAGAGAGAAAUCUGCUCAGACAAGUGGGGCCAAAAAACCCAAAAAGGAACCACCCAAGAAACAAAAAGCUGUUGACAAGAAACCUAAAGGUUCCCUAAAAUCAUUGUUUAGCGUCCCCUCCUGAUGUGAGGACUUUGAUGUCUUCGUCACAAGAUUACAAACACC